CUAAGGCCAAGGAAUCCUUAGUAGGAGGGAUGGCUCAGAAACGAAGGACUGGCCCCAAGCUUGAACUCACUGCAGACCAAAAGCAGCAAAUGCGAGACGCUUUUGACCUGCUGGAUUCUGACGGCACAGGGACCAUUGACGUGAAAGACCUGAAGGUGUCCAUACGAGCGCUGGGGUUCCAACCCACGAAAGAAGAGCUCAAGAGAAUUGUACUCGAAGUGGAUAAAGAAGGAACUGGGAAAAUUGGCUUCGACGCCUUUUAUUCUGUGAUGACUCAAAAAAUGUCACAAAUAGAUCCCAAAGAAGAAAUGCUCAAAGCCUUCAAACUAUUUGAGGAUAGCAAGAGUGGCAAAAUCUCUUUCAAGAACCUCAAGCAGAUUGCCAGUGAGAUAGGGGAGAAACUGACAGACGAAGAAUUGCAGGAAAUGAUUGAUGAAGCUGAUUUGGAUGGAGAUGGGGAGGUGAAUGAGCAGGAGUUUGUGAAGAUACUGAAGAAAGUUGGCAAUUAAUAUCGACU